AUGACUUUUGAGGACUUCCAAGAAUCUUUCAUCGACUCCGCCCUUCAGACCAUCCAAAAGCAUGAAGGUGUUCUGAAGGAAUUGAACCACCAGAUCUGGUCAAAUCCCGAACAGGCUUACGAGGAGCACAAUGCACAUCAAAGUAUCUGCGAUCUGUUUGAGAAACUCAAUCUUGAAGGUUAUCACAUAUGCCGGGGCGUUUAUGGCCUCAAGGCCGCAAUGAGGAUCGAUUAUAGACAAGGCCCGGGCCCUGGAAGACGAGUGGUCGCCUUCAAUGCAGAAUAUGAUGCCUUGCCGGAGAUCGGUCAUGCAUGCGGCCAUAAUCUCAUUACGACUAGCUCAGUGGCUGCGUUCAUUGCGACAUCCGAGACAAUGAGAUCGUUAUUUCCAGAAAAAGCAGAAUUUACUGUUCGGCUGCUUGGUACCGAAGCUGAAGAGGCCAGCGGGGGGGGGGGGG